AUGUCAUCCACUUCAUCGCUGGCGGGGAAAAAAUUAGUACUCAACACGCUUCUCGAAACGGACCACUACGAGAGCCUGAUCAAAGAACUGACGUGUAAAAAAUGUAAUAAGUACAUGCGCCCACCCAUCCACCUCUGUGUGGAUGGGCACAGCUUGUGUGGCAAGUGCAUUGAGAAGAGCUUCCAGUGUCAUGUGUGUCAGAAAGAGUUCGCUUCCAUUCGACCAGUUGCGUUAGAGUCAUUGGCGAAUAAAAUACUGUUUCCCUGCACGAACAAGGGAUGCCCAAAGCAUUCGGUACUAUCGCAGCUAGAUAUUCAUAACACACACUGCCAGUUUCGUAUCAUCAAUUGCUUUAUGAGCAGAGUGUACGGUGAGUGCAAAUGGAAAGGGUGUGCUGGUGAUUGGAUGGACCAUUGUUUCCAGGAACACUGUGAUAAGGUCACCGAUCUCCCUUUCAUAACGGUGAAGAAUAAAUGGGACGCAAAGAGAACCGAACCUGUUCUUAACUACUUUCUUUUAAGAUGUUACGAAAAAGUGUUCAAUGUGUAUCAAAUUUAUGAUAAACGGGGAGGCAGAAUGAUGUGGACUGUACUGGUGAACGAUGAAAAUGCCGAGAAAUACUAUUUUGAAAUAGAUAUAUUCUUGCCUAAUUUGCCAAGCAAAAGGAUAACUUACAGGCGCCCAUGCAAGUGUGAGAAAGAUGCAGAUUUCUUGGAGCACACACAGAACGUGUACAUUCCCGUUGAAAAUGUAUUUUCUAUGUUAGAUGAAGACGAACAAAUUAACUUUAUCGUUAGAAUUGGUGAAGUGGAAAAUUUGCCCUUGUUCAACGCACCCACUGCAAGUGAGAGUAUGAUUCUUCUCCAUGACGAGGAUCACGGAGACACGAAACAAGAGUAG